AUGGCGAACUCGCCACCAUCAGAACCUCCGCUGGGGGACGAAAAGCACACUACUCUAGGACAGCCAGAGACGUCAGUCAAGUCAACAACAUCUUCCUCGGAUAAAAGCUCCCUUCAAGGACUGGAGCGCAUAAACACCGCUGAACGCGGCUUGCCAAUUAUCGAUCCGACCAAGGACGCCGACGAGAAGCAACAAGCGCCAGUUGAGGUCGAAUCUGAUCCUAACAUUGUCGACUGGGACGGGCCCAAUGAUCCAGAGAAGGCUCUAAACUGGACAGACAAGAAGAAAUGGGGAAAUGUCGCGAUUGUUUCCGUUGUUACUCUCCUUACUCCUCUGGCCUCAUCUAUGGCUGCACCAGCAACACCACUCAUCAUGAAACAAUUUCACUCCUCCGACACCACGAUCGCCAGUUUCGUUGUCUCGAUUUACAUCUUGGGAUAUGCACUAGGCCCACUGUUUCUUGCACCCCUGAGCGAGGUUUACGGUCGUUUGCCAAUCUACCACAUCUGCAACGCGCAGUUCGUCAUCUGGACCAUUGCUUGCGCUGUUGCCCCAAACCUGGGCUCUCUUUUGUUCUUCAGAUUGAUGGCCGGUAUUGCUGGUAGCUGUCCCUUGACCAUUGGUGGUGGCACCAUUGCCGACCUCAUCGUCCAGGAAAAACGUGGAGCCGCCAUGGCCUUAUUUGCCUUGGGCCCGCUGUUGGGACCGGUCAUCGGUCCUGUGGCUGGAGGCUAUCUGGCCGAGGCGGCAGGUUGGCGGUGGAUAUUUUGGCUCAUCGCCAUUGCUGGUGGGGUUGUUUUUGCAUUCUCCGUCGUUUUUAUGCAGGAAACCUACGAACCAAUCCUCCUCCAGAGACGCACCAACCGCCUUCGGAAAGAGACUGGCAACCCAGACUUGCGUUCCAAACUUGACGCUGGCAUUCCUAAGAAGGAGUUUUUCAUUCGCGCACUUGUCCGCCCGACCAAGAUGCUACUAUUCUCACCGAUCGUCCUCAUUCUGUCGGUAUAUAUGGCCAUCGUUUACGGCUACUUAUAUCUAUUAUUUACAACGCUGACCUUGGUGUUUGAGGGGACUUACCACUUCAGUCAAGGCAAUGUAGGCCUUGCGUUUUUGGGAAUCGGCAUUGGUUCCAUGCUUGGACUCGUCAUCUUUGGCGCUUUGUCUGACAGAACCGUCAAGAGGCUAGCUGCUCAAGGCGAGAUGAAACCAGAAUAUCGUCUCCCUCCCUUGAUUCCCGGCAGCUUGUUCAUCCCCAUCGGUCUUUUUUGGUACGGCUGGAGUGCCGAAAAAGCGAUUCACUGGAUCAUGCCAAUUAUAGGAACCAUGUGGGUCGGUUUUGGCUUGCUCGCAACGUUUAUGCCAAUCCAGACGUAUCUCGUGGACGCUUUUGCACAGCAUGCGGCUUCUGCCAUUGCUGCAAACACGGUGUUACGAAGUCUUUGCGGUGCGUUCUUACCUCUGGCUGGUCCCAAGAUGUACGAGGCUCUUGGGUUAGGUUGGGGUAACUCAUUGCUAGGGUUUAUUGCCUUGGCAUGUUGCCCUGUGAGCUGGAUCUUUUUCAAGUACGGCGAGAGGAUAAGAAAACAUCCUCGGUUUCAGCCAAAAUUUUAA